GGAAAUCAGUAUGCUUUUUACGUAAACGGAAAUAAGCCUGCAGCGGGAAGCGCGAGGAAAUUUGAACAUAAAAAUAAUAAAUCCAUUAUAAACUUCCAAGCGGUUUUAUACGGCAGUUUUACCAGCGGUGUUUCCUCACCAUAUUUCACACGACAAAACCACUAAAAGUGGGUUAAAGUAGUUCCGUAUCGUCAGGAACCGGGGAGCAGGACAGUUAGCCUGAGUGCUAACAGCAGUGUGGGUUCAGGAGGAGCUGAGACUGAUUCAUUAAUACCUUUAUAAUAUAAAAUAAAGUAUUGUUCUGUAGAUUUGGGGUGAAAUGGGGAGUUUAUUUCAGGAGGUGAAGCGCUGGGCGACUGAAGAGCUGCAGUUUCCCCCUCCCAAACUUCCUCACGACAGCUACAUUAAAACAUUAUGUGUUGGCCCAGGAGCAUCAAUUUGGAAAUAUGUCAUUAAGCAUGUUUACCACGAGAGGAACGUGAGACUUAUGCGAGAAAAUCUCCAAUGGUACAAAGUUGUACAGGAUAAAGAGCUGAAGCAGGUGGAGGGGCAGAAUAAAGAUGCUCAGCGUUUGCAGCUGCAGAGGGAGAUUGAGGAACUGCAGGCUGAGCUAUCUCAAUUAGACCACAAGAUCAGCUCAGCAGAGGAUCAGCUCACUAAUGAAGAGAAGAACGUAGGCAGGCACUGGGAGCUGUAUGAGGAGAGCAGGCUGAGGGAGCUGAUGUUAGACUCCUUCAGGCAGCGCUGUGCAGAUGAACGAAACUCCCUCAUAGAGGACACACAGAAGAUCAGCACCAAGCGGCAAGCUCUGGACCAGCUCUCCAAAAAAGCUGAAGUGAAGCUGGUGUUUGGAUCGUCGGAUGGCGGGAACACUGGCAUGGCUGCAGAACCACUGGUUUUAAGAGACAUUCGUGAGCUCUGCAAUGAGAGAGUCCUGUUCUUCCGAUCUCUGCAAGACAGCAUGCUGAAGGCCACGUCUGAAUUUACUCCUGCUCAGAGGAACGCAGCUUACCAGCAUUGGCUCAGUGCUGUACAGGAUGUUCUGCAUUCUCACCCUUCAAAUCAAGUGCUCUUAGCCCUGCAAACUCUGGCUGCAAAACAGCACACGGCUCUGGAGGAGAAGACCGCUGUCUUGGAUGUAGAGGAUGAUGUAUCUGCUCUUGGGUUCCGGUACGAGAGUAAUCAUCUGCUCGAUGUUUCGAUGGAGGAGGAACAGGACCUGCCCCCAGUCCGCAGUCUCUUACAGUCUGCAUGGGAGGAUGUGGAGCAGUGUUAUAUGCAGCUCACAGAGGUGCGCAGCAGAGCUCGGCAGCUGCAGGCUGAUCUCAGUGCUCUUAUGAAGCAAAUGCAGCUCAGAAUUCUCGGACAGGAUGAUGACGCUGACCCUAUUGCCAGGAGUGUGUUUGAGCUGGAGGUGCAGACGGUAAGGCAGGCUGCAGUCAGGGACAGUGUGAGGGAACAGUGUGCGCAGCUGCAGCUGCAGAGUCGAGCCAGACACGAGGCCCUGCAGAGCCUCCAGGCACAGUGGCAAAGCAUCAUGGACUUCAGACAACUCGUGGAUGUUAGACAGGAACACAUAAGGAGCCUGAUCAAAGCAAACUCCACAAUAAAGACUGAACUGACUCGUGUUCACUCUGAGUUGAGGCAGUUUGUGCAGGAGAAUCUCAGCCCACAGUUUGGGGGUGUGGUUCAGGCUGCCACUGGACUUCGGAAUUCUGUGUCCCAAGAGGGAAAGCAGUUUAAUUCAGUGUUUCUCGCUGCCCUGGAUCGCAGGAUCAUAGAUAGUGAGAGAAUACCAUUGGAGCAGCUUUCACUCAAUCGUGUUAACUCUCCAGCCCUCCAAACAAUCUGUCGCAGUCUCUCCACACCAAUGUACAUGGCUCCAGAGGAGUUGUGUUCUCAGACUGUGUCUCAGAAGCUGGAGCUGAGAUUCCUCCGCCGACUUCUGCAGCUUCUCUCAGAUUCGCUAGCAAACACACAGAGACGCACAGCGCAGCUCCCUGCAUCCAACCAGCAGGCCCUGCUGCAGCGAGUGAAAGCGGAGGAUGCGGAGGUGUUGCAGUCUCUGCUGCCUCGCGUGAGGGAGCUCACUCAGCGCUGCACUAAAGGUCUGGCCUUCGGGAACCAAGUCAAUACUGCCAUCGCACACUGGUGGGAGCAACCUGGUCAGUUUGCUCUGCCGGAGAUGCAGCAGGAGGGACUGACGUUCCAGCAGUGGCUGCAGAGAUGGAAACUGGCAACAAAAGAGAUUUAAAUGUGCUUUCUAAUAUUUGAUUAAGCUGUGUUUCCUAAAGAGCUCCAAUUUCCAAUUUGGUGUUUUCCACUUUUUGACAAAAUGUAAAUCUGACAGUUUUUCAGUUUGUCAAUUUUAUGAUGAAUAGAGCACUGGCAGUGUUUCUAACAAGUCAUUUUAGAGCAAUUUAUUCUUCUGGCUUCCUCAAACACACUGCCACGUCAAUGUUACUGUCAAGAUCUUCUAUUUUUAACAGUAACUGACUGACUCAUUUGUGCAUACAUAUGUUCCUUAAGCAAUUUUUACGGGUUCUUUAAUUUUAAAAUGUGGCAGAAACCCCUUUAAGUGCCUUAAAGUAAGUCUAAAGUGCUUUUCUUUAAGGUUCCUUAAAGUAACUGAUGCAUUUCCUCCACAGUCUAAACUCAAUGAACCCUCAAAGUUCCUCAAGUUACUUUUGUGCAUCUGCCCAUCUUUUUUGCAUAACCAAUGCACAGGAAAUCACUCACUUUAUUGCAUUACUGUGGUAUGACUGUAGAUUUGAGCUGAACAAUAUGGUAAAUAUCACAAUAUUUGAGAUCAUUUUAACCUUACGCAAUAUUUAUCGCAAUAUUCUGAAACUCGUAUGCAUUAUAUGCAUUGAUGAUACAUUCUAGGAGUGUUUUCCUCUUUUGUUUUUUGUUGCAGCAAUAUGCUUUUAUGUCAAGUUUUUAUAUGGUUUAAUAACUUACUAACACUAGCAAUAAACCAGCACUCACUCGACAAAAGAAACAAAGCAGUGUUUUUUUUUGGUUUGUUUCAGGGUGUUUUAUAUAUUUCUUAUUACAGCAUUUUUCAGUCACUGUAACUCUAAAACUGACAGCCCUUGAACUGUGUAAUGUUCUGCCAUGUAGAGUCAUGAUUUUUUCUUUUUUUAAACCCAAUUCUAAAUAAAUGCUUCUGAUUUUAUACUAA